AUUCAAUUUCAAAUAAAAGUAUCUGUUGGAGGUCUAUAUUUUUCUACAUACUUUAUGGACAUUGAUGCAACGUAACACGUGUUGGGUCGAGUACGUUUAUUUAAAGAGAGAGAAGACGUAGUAGUUUCACCAGAAACACGGAAUUUUCGUCACUGAUUCGUAAGACGAGAAUAAUAUAGGCAAUUGGUACGAAUAAAAUACACCAAAAAAGGAAGAAUAUAGCACAGCACAGAUUGUUUUACAAAACAAAAAAACACCAUAGAUCACAAAAGAUUCAAGCAUUGCUGUGGUGCAGAAGGGCUCUAUGUGCUCCACAUCAGUUUCAGCAAAUGGUACUUUAGUUUUCAAAAAUAUUGUGUCACGGCAUCAAAGGAAGAAUUCAUUUGGAAAUUAUAAGUUUGGUGUACGACAGAGGCAAUAUGCGCAACGAAAUCACUGCAGCAGUACUAUUCUUAGUACAGCUGAUAGAAAAAAACGAAAAAUUUAGUCCUGAUCAAUUGGAAUGUUUUAAGCGACGUUUGGUCGAGUUAUUGACAGAACGUUUCAAGAAUCAUUGGUUCCCAGACAAGCCAUUUAAAGGUCAAGGUUAUCGUUGUAUUCGUGUAAAUGGUCAUAAUCGGAGGGAUGCAACUUUGGAGAGUGCUGCUAAUGCUGCUGGUGUCAAAUACGAAGAUCUAUCUUUACCAGUAGAAUUAACGCUUUGGGUUGAUCCCAAUGAAGUUUGCUGUCGAUUCGGAGAAAGUAAAGGGUCCUAUUGCACAUUGGCAUCGUUCGAUGACAAAGAAAAUACUGUACCAAUUUUCCAAGGAAGCAAUGAAGGAUUAGAAAAGGAAAACAAACAGUCUGAGGGACAGACUAAAAUACAGAAAUCCCCUUUGACUACUAAUACAGAGCAGCAACAAAAAUCAAAACCGCUAAGUUCUGCUAAUCAAAACCAACAGCAUAGCAAUAAUGGUACAGGUAGGAGACGCAAUUUGAAUAGCCCCAGACUACAUCUUAAUAGAAAUCGUUCGUGGUUUGGUCACUCCUUCAGUAUGGGAUAUGGUCCUCAUCCAAUAAGUCAACCAUGGUAUAACAUUAUGCCCCCCCAUUUUUUGGGUGGUCCAUCUCCACCUCCUUUCAUGGGUCAUAGAGGAAACAAAUGGAUCCAUCCACCCUCCUAUCCGACAGGACCUACCCGUUUCCACCAUUGGUCUCCCAAAGCUGCUCUUAAAGUAUGAACAAAUCCUCCUUACGAAAGUAGUUAAGAAAUCUGUUCCUUUGUAUAAAAAGAAAAAAAGUGUAAAAUUGUGUUGUCGAUUUGAAAAUUUUAUAUUUGAGUCUAAAGAUACACGACGUUUGUAAUAAUAUUGAAAAAAAAACAACAUUAUUUAGAAAAAUAACAUUAUUUUUUACAAAAAAAGAAUUGAAUACAAGCAUUUUUAUAUUAGGAACAGGUUUAUUAACAUUUCAGUGACGAAAAUUAUCCAUUUUGUAAUUACAAAUGACCUUGUUCGAAUUACGACUAAGGCUUACGAUUUUUUAUGAUGAGAAAUGUUGCAUUAUUACAUGUUAUAUAUAAAUAAUUAAUUGAAUGAUAGAUGUUUAAUUCCGGAUGCAAGGUUGCUUGUAAAAUAUUAGAUUAGUGAGAAUUUAACUAGAAUGAAUUAAGUCAUUGAUAUGUAAGACGUAAAAUGAAUGUCAUAUCAAGUGUGACACUUUUUUCUGAUUGAUCCUCGAAAAAAGGAUUUAGCAAAUGAUAGAUCGUAUAUAUUUCAAAUGGGAGCAGUAUUGAUUUUAAGCGGGUUUCAAAAAUUUGAUACAAUUGCUCAUUAAAUUGUAUGUAAUGGAUUUUAAUGCCUUCAUAGGCGAUCUCAGUUCAUUAGUGAAUACUUCAUGUAUCAAAUUCUAUAAUGUAAUAGAAGGAAAGAGUUUCAAAUGACUUUUUCUUUGAUGUAUAUAUAAAAUGUAUUCAUAAUGACUAGUACUUCGAAGAUUACUCCAUUUUUCAGUAUUGUUAUAGUGAAAAACAGAGGGAUAGCGAAUUUUAGUCAUAUUAUCUCCUAAUUUGUUGAGAAAAUGAUGUUCUAAAACAGUGUUGAUAAACCAUGUAAGCUUUGAAGUUCUAGUAACAGCGAUUUGAGUAUGAUCUUUGACAAGUUUAAAUCCAAUGACUUUGUCUUUUAUUGUAUAUCUGUAUUAUUAUAAUACGUUAACGAUUAGAAAAGGACAAUACCGUAUUUGAUUUCACAGGUUUGAGGUGCAGAGAAAUUUCUAAUGUUUUUGCUUCAAAAGGCAUACCAUACCUGUUGCAUAAACGUACUGCCUCUAUAGAGAUUCUAUUGAUAAUCAGUUACACUAGAACAUCACUAAAAUGUGCAUGGGUGUCACAAUUAAUAUGUAGUUAUAAAAAAAACACUGAAUCUUGAUUUUAAUUGUGCUCAAUCUGAAAAUAAAUUGAGCUUAUGUUUUUAAAUGAAACUAGGAAACUUAGCAUUUAAGAAUAUAUAUCAUUGAUGUUGGUAGAUUUAUAGCUCAUUGGAGUUAAAACUUUAAUUCUAUCUUACUAACGCUAAUGUCAUGUACCUUCAAUCUUGUAUAUUGUAGACAAUUUCUAACGCCAUAGUAAUUUAUACCUAUUUCAACUAUAUUUCAUCUUGCUUUGUUAAUGCUAUCUCUUUAUUCAAGAAUUAUCUGUGUGAGAAAGACUCAAAAACCAAGUAAUAUGGACUAAACUUUACAAUUGCCAUUUUAUAAAGUGUUUUAAAUAAUACAUGUGUUAAUUAUUUACUGUUUUGAUAUAUCAUUAUCUAUCUUCGAUUUCUCUUCAAAUAUGUGCUUUGUAAAUAUAUAUACUGCAAUUACAAAUUAAGGAAAAUCUUUGUCCUUCAUCUUUUCUAUUUAAAUUACUUACAAUAUCUGGUUUUUGAGCCGUUCAGGAUACAUGAAUGUUUUAGUACUGUUAGUGCCUAAAGUGUGCAAUUUCUGUAAUUUAUGUUGUAACAUAGAAUUUGUCCAUAAAAGUAACUAUCACUUUAUUCAAAAGCAGAUAAUUUGAAAGUUACUUUUAAGGAUUACGCUUAUACAGGUACAUUGAUUCAUUAGUACAGAACAUUCAUUCUGAUAAAAAGUAUAAGAAAUGCAGUAUAUGCUAUACAUUCUAAUAACAUGAUUAAUUUAUAUUGUUGACAUUUUUAAGAAUUUUUCGAUGAUGUUCAGGAGCACUAAAAAAUUAAUAGCAUUAUGGAAAAUUCAAAUUAAAUGGCAUUGGUGUUACUACCUGUUACAUAUAUGAAAUGUGAGUUGAAGUAGCUCAUCGAAUUGGAAUAUUGUUGUCACUAGAAACAUUUAGUGUCCUUAGGCAAAUUUCUAAAGUAUAACCAGAUACAGCAUAAAUAUUAAAUAGUCUGUAUUAGAGAAAAUUUUAAUCAAAUAUAUAGUAUAAAUUUUGCAAUUUUCAUGUUUCACAUUUAGCAUUGUUUAAUAUAUGCAUGAAAUUUGCUCUAUAUUAUAGGUGAUUUUUGUGUUCAAUUUGUUAAAACUUAUUCAGGAAGAGUCAUUUUGUUGUUAUGAAAGUUAUAAAAAUUCUAUAUGAAUAUAGAUAUUAUAAUGUAUAUGUAGAGUUAAGCAAUGUUGCAUUCGGACAUAUUCUUUUAUUAAUAUAUAUAAAUAUAUAUAUGAUGCUCAACAUUUGAAAUGUUCCAAACUUUUUAAUUGUGUUCAUGUAUAAAGAAACAAAAAAGAAAUACUUCAUGAUUCAUAACAAUAA